AGGCGGAUGUAGGGGUGGCCCGUCCAAUGGCAGCUGGGCGCCUCAGGAGACUUGAAGACGUGAGGCUGAGCGAGCGACAGAGCUGAUUCCGACCGAUCGACGGACGGAGGGCCGGACGGCGGCCGAGGCGCACCCGCCGCCCACGGCCCGCGCCCCCACCGGGCCCUCCAGCCUCAGCGCGCGCGGCAGCCCCAGCCCCGGCGAGAUGCGAGGCCCUGGAGGCGGGGCACGGGCGACCGCUGCGCCGAGGCCGGCGCGCUCGGGUCCCUAGCGCCCCGUACCGCCGCCCUGCCUUGGGGAGGGCCGCGGAGACCCCGGCCCCAGCCGGCCCCCGCGCUCUGCCCGCGGGGCCUGCGCGGCCCCCCGGGAGCGCCGGCCCACCAUGCUCCUGCUGUCGCCGCGCAGCGCGCUGCUCUCCGUGUACUGCCCGCAGCUCUUUCUCAUCCUGUCCAGCGGCAGCUACCUAGCCCUGUCAUCCGUCGUGGCCCUGGGAGCCAACAUCAUCUGCAACAAGAUUCCUGGCCUGGCCCCGAGGCAGCGCGCCAUCUGUCAGAGCCGGCCCGAUGCCAUCAUCGUGAUUGGGGAGGGGGCGCAGAUGGGCAUCAACGAGUGCCAGUACCAGUUCCGCUUCGGGCGCUGGAACUGCUCCGCCCUCGGCGAGAAGACCGUCUUUGGGCAAGAGCUCCGAGUAGGUAAGGGCGCCUCCGGGCCCGUGGGAACCUGCCGUCCGGGCUGUGGGUGCCGGGGGCCAGGCACACCCUCGCCCUUGGGAGGCCAGGCCGGCCGCGCCCGCUCGCUUUUCUGCGCCUGCUGGCUGGUUCCUCUGCCGUCCCGGUGCUGCUCUGUGCCUGCCCGGCCCUCCAGGCUCUGGGACGAGGCAGGUGUCUCUGGAAGCCAGCCCCUGUGAAUGGAUGCUCUGCGGUGUCCUGGGGCGGACGUGUGCAGCAGGCUGGCUGCGGGGUGAUGCGGGGUGGCAAUUAGAGGCCCGCCCUGCAGAUCGGUGGCCGCUGGGCAGUCCUGGGCGUGAGGCUCUGUCUCCCCACUUUGUCUCUGCAUCUGUGUCUGGAAAUGAGCUAAGGGUAGCAGCUCCUGCAGGGGGUGAGCCGGGGCCUUGAUGGGAAAGGCCCCCAAGAUGUGCUGUGUAAAUGCCACUGUGAUUCUGAGAGCAGAAGGGGUUGUAGGCAGGGGUCAGCACGAGCAGAGGGUGCAGGACACCACA